UUAAUGAUAGGUUAAUCUUAUUUAUUGCGUUUUUCUAAGUAAUUACAUAGCUAAAGUGGACCAUGCCUGGUGGUCGAAAACGCUGGAAUAUACAUGAUGGUCCGCAAGGUUCCCUUCGGAGACUACGCAAUCAGCUUGCAGAAGACGGUUGUGCAGAAUCACAAGUUGUAUUAGCUAAACAGCUCUUGGAAGAAAAGUGUGAAUUGGAAGCUGACAAGAUCUCAAAUUUCAAACAAGCUUUAGAGUGGUUGAUAUGUGCUACUGAACAGGCGCACCCAGAAGCUAGAACAAUGUUGAGGAGGUGCAUCCGAAGUGGCGUGAUAGACGAACAUAGCGCGGCGAUCGUGCGCGCCAAGUCGUGCCUCGCUGCUAGCCGUCAGGAGACCGUUGCCAGGAAGGCUGCGAGGGACCUCUUUGCCAGUUUAUCAAACGGUGAGCAGUACAUAACUACGGCGCAACUAGAACGACGCAUCCGCGAGAUCUGCAACACUACACUCAGGAAAGAUGCAGAAGACAGCGAUGAGCCCGAUGACGAUUCGCCUGAGGAAGCACGUGCUUUGAACGAUGGGCAGGCGCUGGCGCCGUCAUUGGAUGCGAGCGACCAUGGCGACCACAGCCACGGCAACGGCACCAUCCGACCUUCCCAUGUGCUGGAUGAAGAUUCUCCAGACAGAUGUGGCCCAGACGAAGAGAUCCGCAAUCUAACCGUCGACAAUCUAGUCUCAGCCGCCGUAGACUACUGCCAAGGCGAACUACCCCUAGUCACCUACGAGCUCACCCUCACAGACCCAAAUCUCAAAGCAUUAGAUCAUAUACCCUUACUCCAACAGGCGUUCUUACACCCCACAGUCUUCAUACAAGUAUUGUAUCUAAAAUUGCUAUUUUAUUUCGGCUCGUUCACUUUUCGAUUGUCAAACAUAGAACUCUCUUUAUUACUCGUUGCGUAUCUGUCGGUAAACACAGAAAGUCUGUACCAUUUGGUACCAUUAGCUUUGUACUAUGUUAGCUUCGUAGCCAUGGUUAUAUGUACUUUUAAAAUGCUGCAUGCCAAAAGACAGUUUAUAGAUUUCCGAAAAUGGUCCGGUUUAUUUCUGAGAUAUAGUGAUGGGAAUUUGCAGCCUGACGAAUCGGAAAAUUUGUUCGUUAGGAACAAUUUAGGACCCUUCCUGCAGUUCUUCUUGGCGUUAUUCAUCAAUUUGUUCCUAUAUCCCUUUAUAGCUACACAAUGGGUACCGUUUUCCGAAUUCUGCGUACUAUCAUUCUUUCUCAUGUUUCUAACGUUGUUAUCGUUUGGUACAAAUGGAAAUCCUUACCCCGACAUUUUAGCUCUUAUUUCCUUCGGUAUAAAUGUUCUAGCAAAAUAUCCCUACGAGAAAGACACAGUGGUCCAUCAAGGUUGGAGGUUUCUGGACUUGCACAUAUCGAACUACCCAUCUUACAUACUUGGUAAUAGCAUUGAAUUUUGUUUGAACGCUCGUGUUUUUUUCUCUCUAUUAAUUCCUUUGAUAUUAAUCUCUAUGGCUAAGAGAAGCAAUUGGCAAGGAUUCUUUAAGUACACUCUACCUCACUGUGUUACUUUGAGCUGGUUGCAGAUGUUUAUAAUGUGUUCCCACGGGUGUACUACUUACGGACUUAUUAGAGGAACUUUGGGGUUGGUCUGUACGUUCCUUUUUGUGCCUUUAUUAGGUGUUGCUACAGCGAUGUUGCCCGUCUUUGCUUGUUUACAAUAUGUCACUUUGUCGAGAUUAUUCUAUACUCUGUUGGUUGUUGCUGGUCUUGGUCUUAGUUUAGGGGUGUCCUGUUUAUUGGCCAAGUCUGAAGUUACUAAGAAAUUCGUCACUCCGUUUCAGCUUUCCAUCGGCCUGAUAUCCUUAAUAUAUUUUGGAAAUCAAUUCGUAAUCAACGUUCAAGACGACGGAUUACCUUCAGGACUUAUAGAAUUAUUGGGCGAAGAGAAAUCAAGUAUUAAAAAUUUACUAAAAAAUGAAUUCAUGACUGACUAUGAAGAUAGCACCUACCACAUAAAUUGGGAAGAUUAUUAUACGAAUUGCAACUCUCCUUCUUGGUUGGAUUAUAACAUUGCGGCCACGCAGAUUAAGUGCUCAGUUUUAGACGGUGCUAAUGUUAAUUGGGAGGGUUACAUCAGAGAUGUGAAAUUAAAAAGUGUAACUAACAAAUGGAAUGAUUUUGCAUCAUGGCUGCCUGGUGUAUUACAGGAAUAUUUCAGAUGUUAUUAUGGGGAGGAGUAUGAGCGUAUAUGUCCGAAAGAGGGCGAUAAGAGUUGUCAGUUUGUGAGGGGUGUAGCAAGACAAAGCGCGAAGACAUGCCAUUUAAAUAAUUUUAAUGAAUACAUUUACGAAAUAAAAAUAAUAAUGGAAGCAAGGGGAGGCAUUUUGAAACGACACGCAGAAAUAUCAAUUAUAUUCGAUCACCGCUUCUCUAACUUCACACAUCUGCUGCGGACAGAUGACAAAAUACGUUUUAAAGGAAUCUUAAUAAACGACCAAGAUUCAUACAACAUUGGCACAAAUGAUUUGAUCGUGAAAGGCUACGAAAUAAGCUGUGUAGAAUGUAAAGAAGCUCGAGGAACAAUCACCUCAAAGGCCCCUUUAACAUCCAAAUUCAAAGAGUUGUUAAAAACUAUAGUAAACGAUUGCGUUGUAUCAACAAAAAAUGUGCUUAACUUCUUAUUAAAUCCUGUUAUAGUAUUUAAAUAGUGCCUUCGUGCUGUGUUUAGAUUGUAUCCAGUGAUUAGUUGAAUUUCAGUUGAUGUUGCUACUGAAUGGUGCCUGAUGUUACUGUCUAAUCGAAGCUUGGUAUACAUUUUUUAUAGUACCGCAUUUUAUUUUGCUGAAUUUUUGAUAGUGCGUUAUGAAAUGAGUGAUAGUUUAUUCGAUUAAAAUAUUUAUGAAUAAAAACGAAAGAAUGAAUGUUUUGAAACUCUAAUUUGUACUAGGGGAAUCAAUCAUCACGGUUUGCAUAAAUAUCCUCAAGUGAAAAGUUUCAAGUAAUCAAACCAGUGGUGUAAAUGGAAAUGCACAGACGACCGACUAAUAUAAACAAUCUUUCUUUCAAAAAACUGUUGAAAGUAUAAUAGGUAAAUGUAAAAAAAUCAUAACCGAAGAAAAAAAAGCACAUUAAAUUUGAAUGCAAGUUCCAUGCAUGCUACUGGCAUAACAUUACAUUCUCUGAUUUUGACAUUGCAGAGCUAGAAAUUUCAAAACGAUUCAUGACUUUUUCUUACAACUAGUAAUCAAAUUAUAUAAAUUGCUCGAUUCAAAUAUUACCUAUAUGACGAAAAAUUAUUAAAGGCUGAAAAAUGGAUUUGGAUGAACGUCACAUUGCCGAACUUUAACUCAUAUUGUUAUUACUUAAAUUGAACACAAAAAGCUCCAAAAAAGCUAUUUUUAGUCUACAAAGUAUUCGUAUAAUAACGUGAUUACCAAGCGAGGCUGUACUGCUCUCUCUCUUCAUCUCGACUAUAGAUAACAGCCACUUUUUAGAUGUGAUUUGGGCAUGGGGGUGAUGGACAGUAUUAAAAUUUAGCCAUUUUAGAUUUUUAAAUGCAUUUGUAGAAUUAAAAAAUAUAUUUUAUGGACUGAUUAAUACUAACUAAUAAAACUCUAUAGCUGUUGAUACAGAAUUAUUUUUAAAUUUAUUAAUUAAUGGCAUAUUAUAUUUUAAAAAAUGUAAAAUAAAAUGUUCGAUAAAUGUGAGGUAACUAAUUC